CCCCCAACCUUUGCAUCCCUUUGGCCUUCCCUUUGGUCUAAGUCCGGGAGCCCUGGUCUCCACCCUCUCGGUACUAACACCUGGCGGUAGGGCGUGCCUCAGUUUCUCAGAGGCGGGGCGCUCCUCCACUUUCGCCCCUCCCCUCCUUCCUCUGGUUCCUCUUUGGGGCGCUGGUGGCCUCGCGUCGAGCACUCCCGGAACUGAAGCUGGGCGCCGGGCAGUCCGGAGGCGGGGGCCACGUCAGCGGGGCGGCGGGGCUCGGCGGGGAGCCGGCGGGGAGCCGGCGGACGGGCGCCAUGCCGCGGGGCGCCCUCCUGGCGGGAGCCCUGGCCGUCUACGCCGCGUACCUGGGGCUGGGCGCAUUGCUGGUGGCGCGGCUGGAGCAGCCGUACGAGGCUCAACUCCGCGCGGAGCUGGAGACGCUGCGGGAGCAGCUGCUGCGGCGCAGCCCGUGCGUGUCCGCCCCCGCCCUGGAUGCCUUCGUGGAGCGGGUGCUGGCGGCCGGCCGGCUGGGGCGCGCCGCGCUAGCCAACGCUUCGUGGCCCGCCAACGCCUCGGACCCCGCCUGGGAUUUUGCCUCGGCUCUCUUCUUCGCUAGCACGUUGGUCACCACUGUGGGCUAUGGCUACACGACGCCACUGACUGAUGCGGGCAAGGCCUUUUCCAUUGCCUUUGCCCUCCUGGGUGUGCCGGCCACCAUGUUGCUGCUGACCGUCUCGGCCCAGCGCCUGUCGCUGCUGCUGACCCAUGCACCCCUGUCCUGGCUGAGGAUGCGCUGGGGCUGGGACCCGCGGCGGGCAGCCCGCUGGCAUCUGGUGGUCCUGCUGGGGGUCGUGGUGACCAUCUGCUUCGUGGUGCCUGCUGCAGUCUUUGCCUACCUUGAAGAGACCUGGAGCUUCCUGGAUGCCUUCUACUUCUGCUUCAUCUCUCUGUCCACCAUUGGCCUGGGUGACUAUGUGCCCGGGGAGGCCCCCGGCCAGCCCUACCGGGCACUCUACAAACUGCUGGUCACAGCCUACCUCUUCCUGGGGCUGGUCGCCAUGGUUCUGGUGCUGCAGACUUUCCGCCACGUGUCCGACCUUCAUGGCCUCACAGAGCUCAUCCUGCUGCCCAGUCCGUGCCCUGCCAGCUUCAGUGAGGAUGAGGACGAUCGGGUGGAUAUUCUUGGCCCCCAGCCGGACCUGCACCAGCAACUCAAUGCUGGCUCCCACACGAACUACGCCUCCAUCCCCAGGUAGCUGGGGCAGGCGCCCUGACGCUUGAUGGACCUGGCCUUCGGCUGAGGGGCCCCAUGACUGAAGCUGAUGCAUUAGAACGUCAUGGGCACAUGGUGGUGUCACGAGGCACUGCCACCAACUGUCUGUCCUUUGUCGUACUUGUUGGGCUCCGCCAGAACCAGCAUCACAUUGUUCUCCCAGCCCCGUCUCCUAUCUCCCCCAUACUCUGUGCCUCUCUGGCUUCCUCACUGUCUCUGUCUCUCACCAUCUCUUUGUUUCUUAUUCUUUUAUUUACUACAUCUGCCUUUCUCAGUCAUGCCGAUUCUACCAGCCUCUGGGCUCAGACCUCAUUUCAGGCACUAGAUCGGUCACUACACCUUGGGCAAGUGACAGCCCUCCCUGAGCCUUGAUUUCCUCAUCUUUCAGGUGGAAAGAACAUAUUCACUCAUCCAAAACUCCCUCCUCUGUGCCAGCCCAUGCUGGGCAGUGCCAGGGACAGUAGUGGUCGAGGUGGCGGGGCCCCACUCUCACAGGGCUCUCAGUUCAGUGAGGUAGCCAGACCUGUCCCCAUACAGUGAGUCCAGAACCAGCAGGACUUCAGUGAGGGAGGGAAAGUGGUCAAUGGUGUGAUGGAGAAAACACAGGGAAUAUACCCAAUCCCACCUGGCAGGUCAGGGAGGCCUUCCUGGAGGAAGGGAAAACUGAACUCAGCCCUGAAAUACGAGGAGUAGUCAGGGAAAGAAGGUGUACCUGAUUUUCCUCAGGUGUCUCCAGGGAGCAAGGCCCACGCAGAGAGACCCGAGGUAGGCCUAGGUGCUAGAAUCUUCCUUAGUAGCCUGGCAAGCAGGAAACAGGAUCCCAGUCUGGAUCCAGGUGACACGGAAGGUGCUGCUCUGAGCCGUGACACCAUUGUAAAAGCUGUCUCCAUUUACCAAGCACUAACAGUAUAUUGCACACUGAGGUCUGGAACCAGCCUACCUCCUAGAGCUCAAUUCCCAACUCAGCUGUGCCCUGCCCAUGUCCUCAGGCAAUCGCUUCCCCUCUGUGAUUCUCAGGUCCCUCAUCUGUAAAAUGGCAAUAAUAAUAGUACCCAUUUCACAAGAUGACUUCACAGAGCCUCCCAUGUUUUUCUGUGAUGCUUUCUUUGGCCAGGCCCUGUUCUGUGUACUUUACAUGUGGGGAAGAUCAUAUUAUCAUCCCCUUCCCACACAUGAGGAAACUGAGGCACAGGGAGGGGAGGUCCCUUGUCUUAGACACAGAGCUAGGAGGUGAUUGAUUUUGUUAUUCCCCCCAGAUUUGAUCCCUCCCAAGAUAGUACAUCAGUGAUAGCACUUACUGCCAAAGGCCCAUCUACUGAGCUGUUACCUCUACUAAGCCCUUCGGAGGUGACAGAAAGGAUGGGGCAUCUGAGCUGGGCCUUGAUAGUAGACAACUAGAGAGGGCAAGAGGAGGGCCUUCCUGGCAGGUGGAACCAUGUGUGCAAAGGCCCGGAGGUAGGAAAGCAUGUUGGACAUCAGCUUCUGUGACAAGUGUGGAGUGAAUGGGGAAUGAGGGUGGAGUGGUUGACAUAGGCACAUCUUAAAUGUCUUUACAUGCCCAGCUUGGGAACUUAGCUUCUUUCUUGAGGGCACUAGAGAGUUAUGGAAGAGUUUUGAGCAGGAGAGGUCAUGGUUAGGUUUACGCCUUAGGAAGAUUCCCCCUAGCUUCUCUGUGGACAUCGAUCAAAGGAGACGCAGGCCAGGUGCCCAGGGGAGGCCAGGACAGGAACAAAGCAGGAGGUGAUGGGGCUGGUUGGGGCCAAGGGGAGGAGGUGCAGGUGGAGGGAUGCUCAGGAAUCCAAGUGGACAGGCUGUAGGCCUUACAGAUUUGGGAUGGGUAAGACCAGGGGAGGGCCAGAGAUGGUCAGCUGCCCUUGUGAUGGGGACCUGGGAGAAAGAACAGGUUUGAGGGGAGAUGCUAAGACUGGUUUGGAACAUGGUGGUUGUGAGGGGCUAAAGAUACACAGGGGAUGACAUUAGGAGGUCACAAGACCCCCAGAGCUAGGGCUGAGGGGGUCGUUGAGGCUGGAGACAGAUUUGGGAACCAAGACCAUGAGGGUGGGUGUGGCAACCCUGGGUAGAGUGAAGAGAAGACCAGUCUUGAGAAGUCAGCCUUAGGCUAUUUAUAUAUUUAUAUCAGGAAGCAAGGAUUUGGGCAGCAAGUAACAAAAUCUUGAUUAGCACUAGGUGAAACAAUGACAUAAUUGUAUAUUGCACAUCACCAGAGUUGGAGAGGGCUCUGGGCAUGAUACAACCCACAGGUUCAGGAGGCUCUUGUGGCCCCAGAUUUCUUCUCUCUGCUCUGCCACCCUCAGCUGAAGGCUUGGCUUCCACAUGGGCUCUCCUCAGGGCCCCAAAGUGGCUGCUGCAGGUCCAGGCAUCACAACCAGACAUGGUAAUUUUUAGUACUAGAAGAAGGGGGCAUCAUUUCCCAUGUUAUUUCUUUGGAAGCAAGAAAACCUUUCCCCAAAUCCUCCCAGCAGUCUUCCUCUUCUACUUCAUUGGCCAAAAUUGGCUCACAUGCCCAUCUGGAAACAAUCAUUGGCCAGAGUGAUAGAGCCUAUCAUGGUUUGCUUGGAUUCCUCAGGAUUUCCCCUGAGGCUGGGGGUAAAGUUUCAGUUUAGAGGCUCCUGAAUACUUGAACAAAACUGCGCUUCUAUGAAAAAGGCAGAAGAUUGGGAGGAUGGGCGGACAUUGAUUCAUCAGCCGGGUCCAGCAAGUACAAUUAUGCAGGUUGGGACCUACAGAAGGGCUGCCUGGGUGGCAGGGUGGAAAUAAAUAGGGGCUUAAGUUCAAAGCUGAAUAUGCCCAAAGGGGGCUUUUUCUAAGUAAUAUAAAGGACCCCUAUGGCGAGCAGUGACGCUCAACCAAUGUCCACAUACCAGAGAGAAGAGCUUACAAAAGAGACAGAAAAGGAGUUCCAGAGAGGAGUAGGAAAACCAGAAGGGAGUAUUAAUAACAGAUGACAGAAUUUUAAGGAGGGAGAAGUCAACAUUGUCAAAUCAUGCUAAAAAGGCACACUAGAUUGUUUUAAUAACAGCAAUAGAAAACACUUGUAUUUUGCCAUGUAUAUUCACACUUUUUUGCCCAAAUUUGUGAGGGAAAAAUAAGGAUAUGCACUACACAUGGGU